CUCUUGGUAUUUUCUAACCCAACUCGUGGAUUCGAACGUGGCUCCUCUCCGAGCGCAGCCGCUGAUUCCUAAGACCCUAGCCCUGGCUGUGGCCGCCGCGCACACCCUCAGAAGACUCGUUGGGGCAGGAGCACUAGGGUCUCUCAGUGCGCCGCGGGAGGGCCGAAGGUUUCUUUGGAGGAGGGUCCCAGGAGAGCCUAUUUGGGAUUUACGGUGAAGCAUGGAGGAGAAUGAUCCCAAGCCCAGCGAAGCGGCGGCGGCGGCGGCGGAGGGGCAGCGGCAGCCGGAGUCCAGCCCUAGCGGCGGCUCAGGCGGCGGCGGUAGCAGCCCCAGCGACUCCGAUACCGGCCGCCGGCGGGCUCUGAUGUUGCCCGCGGUCUUGCAGGCGCCAGGCAAUCACCAGCACCCGCACCGCAUCACCAACUUCUUCAUCGACAAUAUCCUGCGGCCAGAGUUCGGCCGGCGAAAGGAUGCGGGGACGAGCUGCGUGGGCGUGGGCGGAGGAAGAGUCGGCGGAUCCGGCAACGAAGGCGGCGCGGGAGGCGCGGAGGGAGUCGGAGGCUCGGGCGGCGCAGAGCAGCUCCUGGGAACCGGCACCAGGGAGUCCCGGCAAAACCCGCCCUGCGCGCCGGGCGCCGGAGGGCCGCUACCCACUAGUGGCGGCGACUCCCCGGGAGAUGGAGAAGGCGGCUCCAAGACGCUCUCGCUGCAAGGUGGCGCCAAGAAAAGCGGCGACCCCGGAGGCUCCCUGGACGGGGCGCUAAAGUCCCGAGGCUUAGGCGGCGGCGACCUGUCGGUGAGCUCAGACUCGGACAGCUCUCAGGCCAGCGCCAACCUGGGCACGCAGCCCAUGCUCUGGCCGGCCUGGGUCUACUGCACGCGCUACUCCGACCGGCCUUCUUCAGGUCCCAGGUCUCGAAAACCAAAGAAGAAGAACCCCAACAAAGAGGACAAGCGGCCCAGGACGGCCUUCACGGCUGAGCAGCUGCAGAGGCUCAAGGCGGAGUUCCAGACCAACAGGUACCUGACGGAGCAGCGGCGCCAGAGCCUGGCGCAGGAACUCAGCCUCAACGAGUCUCAGAUCAAGAUCUGGUUCCAGAACAAGCGCGCCAAGAUCAAGAAGGCCACGGGCAACAAGAACACACUGGCCGUGCACCUCAUGGCCCAGGGGCUGUACAACCACUCCACAGCGGCUAAGGAGGGCAAGUCGGACAGCGAGUAGGGUGGCGGGCGGCGCCAGGGCAGGUCUCAGGCCGCAAAAAACAAUGC